GGCAGUUGGCGCUUCGACCGAAGUGGGGCGCUGUUCCGCGUGCUGGGCCGCCCUCGACGCCCAAAAUGGCGGUACGGUCAAAAAGUUUGGACUGUUUUGUUGGACUUGGUUUUCCGGGCUUUUACCGACCAGCGUAGCCCCACAAUACACCGUCGGACUCAAGUCGGAACGGCCGCAUGGCGCCUCCCCACUUAAGGACUUCAGGACGCGUCCAAAAGUGACAAUGGCGCUCAGCCGACAGCCCGAAUUCAGCUAAGCUAACGUCGGAAAGAGUUCCCGGUCGGUCCCGAAAAGCUCGCUUUGGGUUAUGUCGUGCCUCGCUCGGACGCGCGAGCAGGACAUGAGCAAGAGGAGAUCGUCGUAGACAUGGAGGAAGAUGUGAAAAAAGUCAAAAAGCCCGGAAUUGUGUCACCCUUCAAGCGGGUCUUCCUGAAGGGCGAGAAGGGACGGGACAAGAAGGCGCAGGAGAAGUCCGCCGAGCGCCGGGCCCUCCACACCGUGUCCCUCUCGCAACCCGACCGGCGCAUCGACCCCGACGUUCUGCUCAACGAUUACAUCGAGAAGGAAGUGAAAUAUUUGGGCCAGCUGAUGUCGGUGCCCGGAUACUUGAACCCGUCGAGCAGGACCGAAGUCCUCCAGCUCAUUGACGACGCCAGAAAGUCGCAUCAGCUGAGCGGCCAGCUGACGUCGGAGCAGGACGCCGUCGUGAGCUUGUCGGCGUACAACGUCAAGCUGGUGUGGCGAGACGGCGAGGGCAUCAUCCUGAGGGUGGCCAUCCACGACAUCGCCGCCGUCUCCUACGUCCGCGACGACUCUUUGCACCUGCUCGUCAUCAAGACCGCCCAGGACUCCGGAGGUUCUCCCUGCCCCGCUUCCUGUCCCGACGUCAACAAAUCGCAGACCCCGGGCUCCUCGUCGGAGGGCGGGGCCGCGCCCGCCGAAGUCUGCCGUCUGCUCGUGCUCGCCGUCGACAGCAAGGCGGCAGCGGAGGAGCUCUGCCUCCUGCUCAGCCAAGUCUUUCAGAUCGUCUACACCGAGUCCACCAUCGACUUCUUGGACAGAGCCAUCUUCGAUGGGGCCGGCACCCCCACCAGGCAUCUUUCCCUCUCCAGCGGUAAGCGCGACACGACAACCGAGUGCGUCGGGGGGGGGUCCUCUGACCGUGCCGUCCGAUGCGACGCUUCCUCAGAUGACUCGUCGAGCAAGGUGGACAUCAAGGAGCCCUUUGAAGGCCAGGCCGACGCCUCUUUUCCGUUCCAGGCGUCGACGGGAGCGGACGGCAACUCCCCACCGGCGUCCGGCCCCGCCUCCCCCCGGGCCGAGGCGCCGAGCGAAGGGGAGCUCAGCGCCACGGCUGCCGAGCUGCUCCAGGACUACAUGACCACGCUGCGCACCAAGUUGUCCUCCCAGGAGAUCCAACAGUUUGCGGCGCUGCUGCACGAGUACCGCGACGGCUCCUCCAUCCACGAGUUCUGCAUCAACCUGCGGCAGCUCUACGGGGACAGCAGGAAGUUUCUACUGCUCGGCCUGCGUCCCUUCAUCCCGGACAAGGACAGCCAGCACUUCGAGAACUUCCUGGAGACCAUCGGCGUCAAGGACGGCCGCGGCAUCAUCACCGACAGCUUCGGCCGCUACCGGCGAGCGGCCAGCUCCGUCUCCGACUCGGCCGCCGACGGCGAGGGGGCGGCGGGAGCCGGCGCCGCCUCCGACGGGGGCCCGGAGGAAGGGGAGGAGACCUCGGAGGGCGACGAGUGGGACCGCAUGAUCACCAACAUCAGCAGCGACAUCGAAGCGCUCGGCUGCAACAUGGACGGCGAAGGCGCGGCGGCGUGAUGCCGCGGACGGACCCGACGGAUGGCGUGAGUGCGUUUCCGGAGACGUUUUUGCUAUUUUUGUACACUUAUAGGCAGUAUCUGCCACCGCCGUCAGCCACGACUUGGAUUAUUUUGUAUGAUCGCCCCCCCCCCCGCCAAUUUGCGCAUUUUGUGCUCUGCAACAUCUCGAGAUGUGGCACCAAAACCCGUCUGAGACUACGAGCAAAGUCGUCCUGUGGAACCCGUUCGGGGGGGGGGUCCAGUCGCUUUGAACCAUGAAUAUUGUGUGCACUUGUAAUGCGGAUUUGAGAAAUUGCUACACACUGAGUGGCACCCCCCAAAAAAAUGUCUCCAUUGAAAGGUCAGUAGGUGUAUUUUUGUUAUUGUUUUUACCAAAAUAUGAUGACUCCCUCUCCAGCACACGGUGGCGCCAAUUUCUCGUCAGUUGUCGUUAAUUCGGGCUGUCUCGUGCCGGAACUUGACGCUCACGUCGACGCGCAGACAGACGAGGCUCGAGCGCGCGUCGGAUGGGGAAAUUGGAACCGUGAGCUUUUUUUCACCAAGAGAAGGAGAAACAAGUCAAAUUGGUGAAAUGUCAGCAAACAGCAGCGCUUCCCUGCGACUUUGCUUUGCAUCCAAAAAAAAAAAAGCUCAGAGAGCCCCUUUCGGUCCAAGCUGAGGCUCCGGGGCCGCAAAAUGGCCCCUUGAUUGUUAAACGGAAGGACUUUUCCCUUCUCUGUCUAUGUAAUCAACAAUUGAUGCAGCGUUAUGGCAAUAUUUGAUAUAUUUUGUAGCCAAUUAAGGCGAGAAGCCCAUUUUUUCUGGCAGAAUUUGGGAAACUUGUUGUUUAGCCGGCGUCGUACCCGCAACCGUGCCUUCAAAAAGUGUAGCACGGACGCGCAGUGCAAUUGUUGCGCAGACCUUUAUUAAAUCGCAAAGACUUUUUGAA